GCACCAUUAUUCUCAUCAAAAAACAAAUUAUCUGAUCCUAUUUUGAGUAGAAAAAAUGAGUUCCAAAGUGUUUCUUCUUCUUGGCCUUGUCUUAGCUGUGUCUCUUCUGAUCUCUUCAGAAGUAGCUUCAGCAAGAGACCUUGCUGAUGUUGAUCCAUCCGAGGAAACUGAUGGGCGCAGCGGAUACAAUUUGGGCGGACAUGGAGGCGGCCAUGGAGGUGGCCAUGGAGGGGGCCACGGAGGCGGCCAUGGAGGCAAAGCGGAGGAAACUGAUGGGCGCAGCGGAUACAAUAGGGGACAUGGAGGCGGCCACGGAGGAGGUCACGGCGGCGGCCACGGAGGAGGCAAGGGUGGGAAUUACUGAAACGCAGAACUAAGCAGUUGCUAGUGUGUAUGUGACAUGCCAUAAUUAAAUAAAAUGCUAUUGGUGUGGUUUGAGCUUA